UUACGAAGAGCUGACAACCACAAGGAGCCAUGGAGACCUGCGCUAACAAGAGUGGGCUAUCGUCUGUUUCUAACGGAGGCAAUUCGAGCCAGCAGUCCGAGUUGUGGAGACCAUGGUUUCGAAAUGAGGAUAACAAUGUCCGACACAAGAAUCUUUCAAACCAUGGAGACCUCAGUGGUGCAAAAGAUCCGAAAACACCUCAAGUCAUCCACCCAGUCAAGUUGUACUGGCCAAAAUCGAGAUGCUUCGAUUAUCUGUACCGAGACGCAGAAAUACUCCUUCGCAACUAUCCGGUCCAAGCAGCAAUCUGCACCUACGAAGACUCCAGCAGCGACGAAGACAAUGAUGAUGAAGAGGAGGAUGUUGAAAAGGAGCGGAACUAAAUGUCUUCGUGAACUUUGAAGAAUGUUGCAUGCUGUCAUAAUGUGACAAUAUUUAUAUAUAUAUAUAUCUUUUAAUUUAUUCCUGUAAUUAUAUGUAAAUAGUUCAAAUACCAGUUACCAAG